CUCUGUGCCAAGGGGAGGUCUUCCCCCGUCUCUCCCCCCCGCGCACCGACGCUGGCGGGGGAAGAGGAAGGUUUCUGUUGGGACGGAAUGCCAAGUUCUCACACUCCUUUUUGGACCAUGGCAGACAACAAGCAGCGCCGAAAAGCCUCUGGAAGUGCAAGUCUCUCGUCAACCCACUCCUGCGGGUGGAGCAUGGGUACGACUGCCAGCGCAGCGCCGCUGCCGCCGCCUCCGCUUGAAGGUGACCGAGGUGUCCACGACAACGGGAUGGCCGACAGCAGGCCGUCGCUCAGCAUGAGCCCGUUUCACACAGUCAACGUCCACAACAACAAGGCCAAGUCCAUUAUCACCAACAAGGUCGCACCUGUGGUCAUCACGUACAAUUGCAAGCAGGAGUUUCAGAUUCACGAUGACAUCCGCAAGAGCAACUACAAAGUUGGACGGAUAUCAGACGCCAUGCCCGAGCAUUACCUGGUGCAGGGCGAGUACUUCAUGGUGCAGGACGUGUACAGCAAAGCGGACGUCCUCAGCACGACCGGCUCCUUCGGGGCACCCAAUUUCCGUCAGGUGAAGGGAUCGUACCCACUGUAUGGGAUGGGUCAGCCCAGCCCUAGCGGCUUUAAACGCGUCCUGCAGAGGCUCCAAGCGCAAGGACACGAGGAGGUUGUUUUUGUCUGCGUGCGAGAGGAGCCGGUGGUCUUCCUGCACAAGGGUGACGACUUUGUCUCGUACACCCCCAGGAGGAAGGAGAACCUCCACGAGAACCUCCACGGCCUGGAAAAGGGGCAGCCGGUGGAAGCGCUGGAGCUUACUGUCAGGAAGGAGCUCCAUGACUUUGCCAAGCUGAACGAAAACACCUACUACGUGUACAACGACAUUGAGUACCUGAAAGACGAGCCUCAGAAGGUGGUCAUCACGUGCGAGGAGGACAUCCACGUGACCGAGGAGGUUUACAAGCGGCCCGUGUUCACCAUGCCGGCGUACAGGUAUUAUAGAUUGCCGCUGCCUGUCGAGGGAGCGCCUUCAGAAGACGACUUUGAUGCUUUUGUCAACAUACUCAGGGAGAGUCCCGGCUUGUCCCUGCGACACGAGGCAACGCCGAAGCUUCCCGCGGUGCUCUUCAGCUGCCAGGUGGGCGUCGGCCGCACCAACCUGGCCAUGAUCCUGGGCGCCCUGGCCAUCAACCGCGUUUGGGGCAACUCUCGCCCACUGGCUCCGGUUGAGGAACCGGCAGAGGCGCGUGCGGAGCCCAGACCCGUUUUCCGCAUCAUCCAGUCUCUGAUCGUCAAGCUGCCAAAUGGACAGCAAGUAUUGGAGGAGGUGGACCAGGCCAUCGCGCUGUGUUCGGAAAUGCACAACAUCAAAGAGGCAAUCUACGAGAACAAAAGUAAAUUGGAAGGCAUCGGAGAUGAUUAUCAGAUUCAGGGAAGCAGCACCAAAGAGUACUUCCUCAACAGAACCCGGCAGAGCUUGGAGCGCUACUUCUACCUGAUUGUGUUUAACGCGUACCUCCACGAGCAGUAUCCCCUCGCCUUCGUGUGCAACUUCAGCCAGUGGAUGUGCCGCCAUACUUGGCUCUAUCGCUUGCUGGCACGUAUGGACCUUUCCGAGUUGUCGGCGUCGGCUGAGCUGGUCACCAGAGGAGCCCGUGUUCUGGUGGCUGGCGAGUAUUUAGCGCCCGACGUCCUGAGCACGGCCAAGGAGAUGAAGGCGCUCAACUUCAGACGCGUACCCAAGAUGCCCAUCUACGGAAUGUCGCAGCCCACGUCCGAGGCGGCCGGAGCCGUGCUGGCCCACCUGACGGACGAGAAGCGCAAGCACAGCCGCAUUCUGUGGGUCAACCUGCAGGAAGAGCUUGUUUUAGAAGCCAACGGGCAGAUCUUCACACCCAGGGAGCCGUCGCGCUUGGAUCAGCACAUUGCCAUCCCAACGUCAGACCCGCUCAUCAUUGAGAAGCUGGAGACGUCCCUCAAAGAGGAGAUUCUGCGUGCCCAGAAGUGGCUGGAGGUGACUCUUGAGCAGGAGAAGCAGAUGAAGAUGUUCAAGAGCGUUCUGACGGCGCAGGAGAUCUUGGCGCAGCACAAGAAGGCCACGCCGGCCCUUGCCUAUAAGCGCAUCCCUUUGCCCGACUGCGCCGCCCCCUGGGAGGAGGAUUUUGAUACGCUGCUGGACGCCAUGAAGGGCUCGCUGGCCGAGGACUCGCGCUCGGCCUUCGUCUUCAACUGCUCCAACGGCAAAGGCAGGACCACCACAGCCAUGGUGCUCUCCGUGCUCACUUUGUGGCACUUCAAUGGCUUUCCGGAGUUUCCCGAGGACGAGAUCGUCAGCGUCCCUGAUGCCAAGUACACCAAAGGGGAGUUUCAGGUGGUGAUGCAGCUGGUGCGCCUGCUCCCCGACGGCCACCGCAUUAAGCGCGAGGUGGACAUGGCCCUGGACUCGGUCUCCGAAACCAUGACGCCCAUGCACUACCACCUGAGGGAGAUCAUCAUCUGUACCUACAGACAGGUCAACCUCUUUCUCAGAUCUGGGGGGUGGGGGGGGGGGAGACCCUGAAAUGAUGGUCAUAAACAUCCGUCACAAGGUACAAAAUGAACCCGUACAUAUUUAUCAAAAAUUGUAGCGCACUGAGUGAUUGCACUCACCGCCAGUGUCCCAUAGAGGGGGAAAGGCAGCCUCCUUUUCCCACCUCAGCUGGUGUCCAGCGCACAUGAACGAGAGGAAUGCAGGCACGAGCGGCCGAGCGUGGAAAAAUUGAUUAUGAUGUAACUUAAUGGAAGCUGGUUGGAUGAGAAGGGGCCAAGAGAAGCAGUGAAGGAAAUGAAAUGUUCCUUAAUAUCCGUCGCAGGCUUUCAGAUAGCUCAUCUAUCAAUUUCCAGUCUUGCGAGAUGGAAAGUCCUCGCUGGAUGCAGAAAGUUGGCGGGAAAAGAGGGAAGUCUUUCCGAACAUUAUGUACAAUAUGUUAAGAUGUGUUGUUUUGAUUGGUUUUGUCUGUGUAAACUAACAAAGCCGAAGGAGAACAAAAGUAGCUUGUGAAAGAAAAAGGCUCGGCUUUAUGCCUUUUUGAACAAACGCUGCAAUCAUUGCACCUCUGCACUCCGUCAGCUGGAGCCGGAGGCACCCGGGCCCACUCGGCGGGCCUAUCAAUGGGACUUAUUGUCUUCCGCCUACAGUCGGGGUCCGGGUCUGUCUCUCGGUGACGCCGUGUAAAAAAGCCAACGCGAAGAACAACCGCUUGCAAUUUUUCGAUUUUAUCGGGAAGCCAGAUUAGGGUGUGCCAACUCUGUCCAGAUGUUGAAGCGGGUAUGUCCCUUAAAAAGUUCAUGGAAUAAUUUAAGUGAACUAUUUUCCACACUUUAGAUUGGCCAGUCAUUUGUAAAAACCACAGACAGACUUAUGCGGGCACUGAUCAAUAGAUUGGAGAAAAACAUGUAAUUGACCAAAUAUGGAUAUCGGAGAUUUCCGCCCGAUGGUAAUGACAUUUAUUGGGUUUUAAAUAAUAU